AUCCUGGAUUUGUUAAAGAAAUCGGAACUAGCCCGUGAUAAAUGUAGCAAAGUUUUGAGUGGUUCUGUAUUUUUCAAGAAUGUUGAAGAGUUGGUGCAUGAAUUCGAUGGUCUUUGUAGCAUUAACAUUCCUGAGCUGAAUAUCCUGAGGCAGUACCAUGUUGAUGCUUUGUCUUGGAUUUCACGCUUUAAUGAUACAAUGAUUGAUGUUCGUGAAGGCAAGGACCAACGAAAGCCAAUCAGUGACCUGAGUUCCCUUCUCCAGGAUGGAGCAUCCUUAGGCAUUCAAGUAGUUGAAGGACUUCCUCUUGUUGAGAUUGAAUUGAAGAAGGCAUCUUCUCAGGAAAAAGCGCAAACGGUUUAUGCUGCAAGAACGUCUCUGGAUUUUAUUGAGCAGCUACUCUCGGAAGCUGUAGAACUUCAAAUCGAGGCGGAGAAGUUAUUUGUUGAGGUCUCCGAAACUUUGUCAACAGCGAGGUGCUGGGAGGAAAAAGCAAUCAGUAUCCUUGCUAGUGAAACUCAGAUGUACGACCUUAAAGAUCUUGUUAGGAUGUCUGUCAACAUUGAUGCCAUUUUGCCCUCUCUGAAGGCCAUAGAAAACACAAUUUCGUUGGCUGAAACUUGGCUUCGGGAUUCUGAGCCUUUUUUAUCAGCAGCUGCCUCUGCGGCGUCAUCCGGGUGUUCUCUACUUGAACUUCCAGCAUUUAAGGACCUGGUUGCUCGGUCUAAAUCGCUUAGUGUUCAACUUCAAGAGCCAAUGAUUCUUGAAACAUUUUUGCUUGAUUGCGAGAGGUGGCAGCGUGAUAAUCAUCAGCUCUUGCAAGAAACUGAAGAUUUGUUGGAUACUGCGAAAACCGAUGAUGGCAAGCAUAGCACGAUCCUUCCGAAGCUUAUGGAUUUAAUAACCAGAGUGGGAAAUGCUAGAACAUAUGGUAUGUCGCUUGGCCUUAAUUUGGAAGAACUUCCCAGACUUCACACUGCAAGUUUAAAGCUAGGAUGA